AUGUCGACGGAUACCAUGUAUUUCAACAGCUCCAGGCUGUUGCCAUCGGCUGGCAGAAACAAGACAAAUAAUCUUAUCAAGCAAAAAAACAGAAAUAGUCGUGCGAGGGGGAAUACUGCUAAGAACGUCAAUAACAACAGUCACAUCACGGAUAUACCACCUCCCCAAACUCUUCCUAACGGUGAGAAACCUAACUUCGGCCAUUCUUCCAGCAAGAAGCCGUCAUUCCAUCAGAAGAAACACUCUCCACCUUCUUCCCCUUCCUCAACGGCUGCUUUAGGUAAAAAGAACAGACAAAACAAUAAAGAAGUUCCACGACAGAACAACAAAGAUGAUACUCGUUUACUGAGUCAGAACCUGAAGAACUUGCUUCUGAACCAGAAACAGUCUCCGCAUAACCCCCAGGGGAUAAUACCAAUGAGUUGUAAUGGCGGUGCCAAAAAAUUUAGUCACUCUUAUGCAGGCUCCACUUUUGCCACCAAUGGUCCAAGGGAGGCUAAAAACUUGCCCAAACCAAGUUUUCUAUAA